GUUCACCCUGCUUUCUGUUACCAGACCCGUAACGGAGCAGUGCUGCUGACUCACAGCCACACAGUUCAAGCACGAGCUUAAGGAAACAUUUCGUUUCACUCUGACACUGAUAGAGCCGCCCAUCUCCACCAGGCACGCCUCACGCAAGAUUCCAGUCCCCGCUCACAUUAUUUGUUUGAGGAGUUGGAAGCGGAAGUGGUAACCGGGGAAGCGAAAGAUUGCAAUACUCUGUUAAGAAAUGGAGUUUAAUGAAAAAGCGCUGAUAAAACAGCUAAGCAAGUAUAAAUUUCGGGAUCUAACCAUAGAAGAGCUGAAGAAUGUGCAUAAAGUAUUUCCUGAACUUAAAUCGUCAAUGGACACAUACACUUUCAGCGAUGGCUCCCAGAAAGAUCUGCUGAAUUUAACUGGUACCAUUCCUGUUAGAUAUCAAGGAUCAUCCUAUAAUAUUCCUAUUCGAAUAUGGAUUCUUGACUCUCAUCCUUUUGGUCCACCUUUGUGCUUCCUGCAACCAACCUCAAACAUGAUUAUUCGUGAGGGCAAGCAUGUAGAUUUGCAAGGACGCAUUUAUUUACCAUACCUACAACACUGGAGUCAUCCAAAAACAAAUGUAGUUGGUUUGUUACAUGAAAUGAUCACAAAGUUCGAGGAAGUGCCACCUUUAUAUGCAAAGCCUUCCACUGAUGGAAUGUCCCUGACAGAGCUCAAUACCUACUUGGCUGAUAUUUCUUCAGGUCUGUCUGACAUCAGUCUUCGGUCAAAGCUGGAGGCUGGAGAGCAACAUUUCAGCAAAGUUACUGUGCUUGGUGAUGGUGAUUUGGGAAUGGCAUGUGCUAUGAGCAUCUUAGCAAAGGAAGCUGCAGAAAAAUUGGCACUCAUUUCAACCUCCGAAAAUGCUAUGAAAGGUGGAUCACUGGACAUGGAGAUUUUCAGUCUGCCUAGAGUCGAAAUCAGCAAUGAUUUUUCAAAUUCAGCAGGUUCAAAUGUGGUAAUUGUUACGGCGAAUACCUGGGGUGGUGAGGAGUCCUAUUUGAAAGCAUUACAAAGCAACGUGGAUCUGUUCAGGAAGAUCAUUCCCAAUACAGUGCGAUACAGUCCCAACUGUGUACUCAUCAUUGCUUCCCAGCCAGUUGAUGUGAUGACGUACAUAGGCUGGAAGCUAAGCGGGUUUCCUUCACACCGCGUGAUUGGGACUGGCUGUAACUUGAAUACUCAACGCUUCCAGUCCAUCCUGGGAAAAUACUUAAAAUCAUCCGUUGAGAAGGAGGCCUGGAUCAUUGGUGAACAUGGAGACAAUGAAGUGGCCGUGUGGCAGCGCCCUGAGGUGGGUGGUGGGCGAAAUAGGAGCCCAGACAUAAUUACAGACCAUGACAACCAUAAGCAGUUGGCAUACAGGGUUUUUAAAGGGUUAAAGGAGAAAGGUCAGAGGUCAUGGUCAGUUGGUCUAUCUGUGGCUGAUAUAACUGAGACGAUCCUGAGAAAUCUGGGACGUUCACAUUCCGUUUCCACCCUAAUGAAGGACAGGUAUGAAAUCAGUGCUGAAGUAUUCCUCAGCCUACCAUGCAUAUUGACCAUGGCUGGAGUGGUGAAUGUAACAACACCAAUGCUAUCUGAGGAUGAGGAAGCAAAGCUGCGGAGCAGUGCAGCAACCCUUCAAAGCUUACUUCAGCAGCUAAAAAUUUAAGUUGCUGAUUGGAACAAUUGUAAGUGACAGACGGCAAAGCUGAGGAACCUACAAUCAACUUCCAGCAUUUAACAUUGCCCUGUUUCUAUCCAGAACGUCCAAGUCCUGUGACUGGCAGCUGUACACCUUGAUUUAUAUGUAGUCACGUUCUGUAUAUAACCACUGGUGUCUUCCAACUAGUUCAACAUAAAUGUAUUAGCUUGGCUUUGUAGUAGCACUGCCUGUUCAGGUGCAUGUUAAAUUUUAAAAAAAGGAAGUUCUAUAGAAAGAAGUUCUCAGAGCAUUCUGAUCAGCAUUCAUUAAUAACAGUGCUAUCACACUACACAGAAUAACUGGUAUGUGCAAACCGUGGCUCUUUGUGGUAUCUUCAUGAAUUAAAAAUGUCCAGACCAAUGCAAUUACCAAUUAACACAGUCAUUCACUACUUUUAUAAUGAAGAUGAAGUGUAAAUGCAUGAAAAUUUCCAUCCCACAGUUAUAUGUCAUGUAUAUCGCUGGUUCUCAAAGUGUAGCGGAGUGAUCCAGAUAGAUCUCUAAAGUUUCAAAUUGCAAGUCACUGAUAUGUAAUGCCACAGCUGAAGCCAUAGAAGAGAACAGAGUAGAACCACCCACCUCUCACAUCCACAGCGACUUCCAAGAACCAUAACAAGUGAAAACAACAGUAUAAUUUUAUAACCAAGAUUUAUAAUACUUUAUAAUGCAUUUUGUUUCAAUAAUAUAGUUGUAGGAAAUAUUAAUUUCUCAGACUGUGAUGAUUUUCAAACAAUGUUUGCACGGUGGCAGUGGUUAGCACUACUGCCUCUCAGCGCCAGAGACCCAGGUUCAAUUCCUGCCUCAGGCGACUGACUGUGUGGAGUUUGCACAUUUUCCCCAUGUCUGCAUGGGUUUCCUCCAGGUGCUCCAGUUUCCUCCCACAGUCCAAAGAUGUGCAGGUUAUGUGAAUGGGUCUGGGUGGGCUGCACUCCAGCGGGUCCGUGUGGACUUGUUGGGCCAAAGGGCCUGUUUCCACACUGUAAGUAAUCUAAUCUAAUCUAAAUGUAUUAUCUGGCAAUGUUAUUAUUUAUAAAAUGAAAAGAUCUACUUGUU